AUGCAGAAGGCCUCUGGUCCUCUAGUGCCUUUACACUGGGUUGGCCUUGGCUGUGCAACACUGGUUGCUUCUGGUAGGUUCAGUGGCUGUGCAAAAUCUAGUGCCCUAUCAUCGGCUGCUGGGCUUCUCGGUGGCUUAGCAAGCCUGGGUGCUUAUCAGCUCUCUCAGGAUCUGAGGAACAUUUGGGUUUUCCUAGUUAUAUCUGGAACCUUAAAUGGCAUUAUAGGAAUGAGAUUUCAUCACUCUGGAUGGAUUAGGCCUGUGGGCUUAAUCUUGGGUGCCAGUUUGUUGACAGUCACCAAACUUGGAAUUAGUGUGUUGAAUAGAUCCUGUCAGUAG